AUGCUCUUCGUCUCCUUCACAGCCGCUCCGUUCGUGAACCAAGUGUACCUUUCCCUGCCGGUUUUUACCCAGAAGUCAAGAGAACACCUACGAGCAUAUCUUAAUAGAAUCCCACGUAAUGCAACAUUGAAUGUUGAAACUAUGAAGUUUAAUUUCUACCCAAAGCGAACACUCGUCACAAUAUCAGAUUUGGUCCCUCGCACGUCAAUGGUUCGCCCUGUGAGCUUUAUGAACAUUAAUCCACAGCCUAGGCCGUGGUGGAAGGGAAGAGAUCAAGUGCUAUUCUUCGCACCUGAGAAGAGUCGGCCAGCAAGGUCGACCCCGAGAUUUCUCCCCGAGAUAUGGGAGCAGGUCUUUACUCUAAUUAAGAGCAACCGGGCACUAUAA